GAAGAGGAAGACCUUUGGAUAGAGAUGAAAUAGAUAGUGAAUAUAAGCUAUGGACUAUUUUGAAGAUAAGUUUUGAUGCCAUGAAAGUUGAGGAAAAGAACAUAUUUUUAGACAUAUGUUGCUUCUUUUGUAACAAUGUGAAAUGGGGUGGUACAAUGAAAGAGACUAUAAUACAAAUAUGGACCAAUAAGAAAAGUGGAGUUGAAGAGCAAGAUGUAAGUAAUGUAUUGGAUAUGUUGGUUCAUCAAUCAAUGAUAAAAAUAGAAAAAGAUAGAGUAGUAAAAGUACAUGAUCAAUUACAAGAUAUGGGACGAAAGAUUGUUGAAGAAGAAAAAGAAUACAAAGACACACGAAUUUGGAAUGCAAAUAUGGUGCCAAUGCAUGGAAUAACAACUAAGUUGGAGGAUAUAAUUCUUGAUUAUAAUAUGAAAGAUAUUUUGAGAAAGUUUAUUAUGAAAGGAUUACACUUUUGCUCUUUACGAUUUCUUACAUGUAAUAUUGAUGCAAAGCAAAGUAAAGAUGUCUUUGAAAUACUUAUGUUAUUGGUAGAAAAUGCAAACAAGUUAAAAUUUUUGUUACUAAGAAAUAAUCAUUAUCAUCAUCUGUAUAGCAGCAAAGUAAAAUUGUCCUCUGUAAUGUGCAAUGAAGAGUUUUGGAAUGUAUUUGAAGAAUUGACAAUAUUGAGUCUAAUAGGAUUUACAUUUGGUAAAAUUCUACCUAGAACAUUGUUUACAACUAGUACAUUGAUGAGACUUGAUUUAGAUGGAUUUAUUGAACUUAAUAUAGUACAAAUAGGCUUUAAGAACCUUAAAAAUUUAACAAACAUGAGAUUACUUAAUAACAAAACUUUAAAUAUAAUAUCAAAAGAGUGGACAAAAUUAAAAUCUCUAAAAAUACUUGAUAUGAGUGGAUGCUCAAACUUGACAAGCUUGCCAAAUGAAUUAGCAAAACUUUCUUCUUUGAUAAGACUUAAUUUGAAUGGUUGCUCAGGUUUGAAAAACUUGCCAAAUGAAUUUGCAAAUCUCUCUUAUUUAAGAAAGCUUGAUUUAAGAUAUUGCUCAAGCUUGACAAGCUUACCAAAUGAAUUGACAAAUCUUUCUUCAUUGGAAAGCCUUGAUUUGAGUGGUUGUUCAAGAUAAAAUGUAUUUUAUGUAAGUUCUUAAGAUGUUUUCAAACUUUCAAUGUGCGUUAUAUAUACAUACAGUAAUUUUUAAGCAUGAAAUUUUAGUUUAAAAUUUAAAAAUUAUUAUUAUAUAUGAUUUAUGUGCAAGAAAACAGUAUCUAUGUAUAUAAUUGUUUAUCAGAUGUAAAAUAUCCUUGAUUUGCAUAUACACACUUUUAUAAAAACAUUUAAAUUUCUUGCCAUUUUGAACAUUUUUCUUUCUUUCUUUCUUUCUUUCUUUGUUUAUUUCUUUUUUUGCAUAUGCAGUCCUUAUUUUAGUAUUUUUUCCCCUUCAAAUACCAUUAAAAUUACCUACACACGUUUGUUUCUCAUUAAAUUAAAAAAAUUAAAAACAAGAAAAGAAAAUAGAAACACAUACAGAAUCAAGUAUUUCCCAUCACAUUAGAAUACAAUAAAAUAAUUUUUUAUUUAUUUUUGAAAGCAUACUCAUUUUAAGCUUUUUUCAAACUAAAGUAAUUAGUUUAGUGAGCAGGGUUUAUUUAUUAAAGACAUGUGUAACAAAUAAAAGCAUUUUGUACAAAUAGAAAGAUGAAUGAUGCACUAAAAAGACAACCCAUCUUUUUACAUUGUACAAAAUGAGCAUGGUGGCAUAGCAAUUGGUUGUUAUUUUUAAAUGUAAAUUCAACAGAUAAAAUAGACCACAAUUGAUAUAGAAUAAGAGUUUGAUUUUCUCUUUGUGGAUACCAAAGAGUUAUAUAAUCAUGAUAUCAUGUGGGAAUUUAAUUCAAUAAUGUGAUUCUAGUUUUGAAUGCCUUGAAAUUUGUACUUUAUUAAGAACAUGGGCACUUGUAUGAUGGGAAUCAAAAAGUGCAAUGGGAUGGCAUUUCUUAAUCACAAUCACAUUCUUAUAGAAUAUUAUUCUACAUAACAUGUGUACAUUAUCUUAAGAAAAUCUUAUUCUACUCCACCACAUUGGAUUAGUAAUUAUUUGUUGAUGAUAUGCACCAAAAUUAGAUGUUAGAGCCAAUGAUCCUUUUAUUAAGUACACACCAAAGUUUGAUGCUUGGAUGCCAUAACAAAGUACUAUAUUAUAAAAAAUGGAGUUAGACUUUUAACUCAAAACUCUAGGAAGGAAAAAGAAAAAGAUAGAAAAAGAAGAAAGAAGAAGAAUUUAGUAUCAAAAUAAGAAUUAGAAAUAAAUGGUCUACUUCAUAUGAAGUAUGAAUUAGGCUGUGCUUUAUAACUAGAGUAUGAUGU